GAUAAAAAGUUGACAAGUAGCGAAAAGAUCGAUAAGAAAUUCGGUUUUCCGAGAUGGCGAUCGAAUGAUGCACUGACAGCGUCCUUAACGGCUUCAAACGGAAACGUACCGAUCCCACCAGACAGUACCAUACCCGAACAUCGAUUACUCAAACGACAACAAGCUGAGCAAACGGCUGCACAACAGAUCAAGGUUUUACGACUAGAAAAAGAUCUAGCCAAGAAGUUACAAAAAGGUAAAUCACUCGACUCACUGAUUAUUCAACUUGACUAUCAACCGUGGUACGACGAAAAUCAGAUUCGACAAGCGAUCAGUCGCGAAUCAAUUGCAGAUUUUGAUGCGACUCGAAAACGUUUCGAAUAUGGCCAACAAGCAUACCUCCCUGAAAUGACAUCCCCAUCGACAGUAUCCGGUCGGCAUAGUAAGUCAAUCACUCAGUCAAUUUGA